UGGCACAGCCCAGUAGGCCAACCAGUAUCGUUCGUGUUUUACUACGCAGUAUAGCACAGCAUUCCAAUAUUCUCUCUUCUCAUACCAAAGUCAACCUUGAAAACACAGUUGAGGAUUGAUCCUUUGCAACCUUGGACCUGCCCGGCAUGGAGGUGGUUUCUAGUGUCGCAUCAAUUGCGGCACUCGUGCAACUAGCGGUCAAGUCGUAUUCCUCUGCGGCCAAACUGGUACAAGACAUGCAUGAUGCUCCCAGGGAACUAUCACGGGUAGCGCAGCAGUUGAAGAUUUUGAACUGUGAGCUCGCUCUCUUAUCGGACAUUCAAAAACAAACCACGGAGGGCGAUGAGCUCCUCCUCCUCCCCAACGAGGCAGCCCUUUUGGAGCACGCCCUGUCUUCAGCAGACGAGCUUAUGUCCGACGCCCAAAAGCAAUUGGACAGUCGAAAGAUCCAAACUGGAAACCGAUCUCGUUUGAUCUGGGCACUAAAAGACAAGAACAGGGUGGAGAAUUUGCUCCACAGUCUUCAACAAACCGAGACUAGCCUCAACACAGUAUUGCUGCUUUUGAAUGUUCGGCUAAGUUCAUACUCUUGGAAAGUGGCUGCCUCAAUCCGAUGCAAGUCAGUCGUCCCCUUACUGAAUGCCAACAAGGCGAUACACAAUGAACCCUCAGAGCUGGGUAGAUGUGAGGCUAGCUUAAGUUCCCUUCUCGACCGUAAUCCUCAAGCAUGGAAUAUUCUGUUUGGCUCUUGGCGCUCCUUGGAUCAUUCAUGGCUCGCCUGGCUCGGACUACAAAUUAUUUUGACCUGCUAUGGCAACUCCCUUCAUACAUCCUACUUUGUCUCGGGCAAGAUUGGGCCAUGGAGACGAUUUGGGCUGCGGGCUAUCUGUUUUGACCUAGGGAUCCGGGUAUUUCCACUUGCCAUCCCGGGGUUCUCUAUACUUGGCGCAAGUUUAUCUUUGAGAAACGUCGUGCCGGAGACCUCUGAAAUUAUACUUGCAUGUCAAAAUGGAGACACUCACACCGUGCGGGAGCUCUUCUUAUCUCGCCGUGCCAGUCCAUACGACGUGACGCCGGAAAACUCGACCGUAAUGCGUUAUGCCAUUGACAGUGGGUCAUUAGAGCUUGUCAAGUUUCUGUUCUGCAAUGGGAUCGAUGUUAAUGCGACAUUUGGCCUAUUCAAUACUAGCGCUCUUGAGUGGGCUUUUAACUCACGACAGAUUGAGAUUGCUCGUUACCUGUUAAGCUGCGGUGCAAGACUGGACUAUCUAUGUUCUCGAGGAUGGACCCCAGUCAUGCAUUUGUUUUUCCCCUCAAAACCUCCAGUCCCGGCUGAAUUUCUCGAAAUGUUGUGUGCAAAGUCAUUUAGUGACUUUGACGUUCAAGAUCAGUUUGGUGCCACAGCCCUUCACCGCGCUGCAAGUUGGGGUACUGCUGAAGACGUCCGUCUUCUGUUACAAGCCGGCGCAUCUCCGUCAAUUUUUGACCACGAGCGAGGAUGGACGGCAGUAUUUGACGCCGUCAGCGAAAAGAAUACAGACACACUGAGAGAAUUGACAAAGCACAUGCUUCCUGGGAUUCCAAGUGCUGUUGACUUUCGUGGAUGGACUUUGCUCCCCAUUGCUAUCGAAACUGGAGAUCUUGAAAUAAUGCGCCUAGUUCUUGAAUUGGGGGUUGACCCGCACUAUCUGGUUAAACUCAGCACUUCAGACAAAGCAAGGUUUCAUGAAGUCACUCCGGUGGAAUUUUCUCAACACAUGGGACAAGAGGUGCAUAAGACUUUCUUGACCGCGCUUCGGCUUGUCGGGUUUGAUGUAUCUACUGCACCGGAUGAUCAGUAUGAUAGUUUUGAUGAUGACGGCGAGGGGGCAGUAUUUUGGCCGGCCGAGAGUGGUGAAGAAUCCAACAGGCUUCUAGCUUCUUAG